AUGCAGCUACGUUGGUUCCACCAUCACGGCAUUGACCUCUACAAGGCUGCCGACGAGUGGGUGGCGGCUCUCGGCGACAAGAAGUUCCUCGCGGACGAGCGCACCGACCUUUACAAGGCGGCCGACCAGUGGGUGGCGGCUCUCGGCGACAGGAAGUUCCUUGCAGACGAGCGCACCGACCUUUACAAGGCGGCUGAUGAGUGGGUGGCGGCUCUCGGCGACAGGAAGUUCCUUGGAGGAGAGACCCCGAACCUCGCUGACCUGGCGGUGUUUGGAGUGCUGCGGCCAAUCAGGCACCUGACAGCUGGCAGGGACAUGGUGGCGAAUUCGAGCAUAGGGCCAUGGUACGAGGGCAUGGAGGAGCACGUGGGCGCUUCUGCCAGGAUCACCGCCGUUGAAGGUGCUGCUGUGGGCAAGUAA